AUGAUCGUUCAGAUGCAGCUGCAAUCGGCUGCACUGCGCAACAGUAAACUCAGAGGGGAGCUGAUAAACAGCCUGUCUGCAGGGCUUCUGCCUGAGGAAACAGUGGUGGUAUCACAAGUCUACUACCAAGGGCUUACGGUCAGGCACAUCCUGUGUGAAAAGCACAGCAAAAUUAUGGAUGCCAUGGAGAAGCUGAAGUCUGGAGUGCGUUUCAGUGAUGUAGCUUCACAAUUCAGUGAAGAUAAAGCAAGACAAGGGGGAGACUUGGGUUGGAUGACAAGAGGCUCCAUGGUGGGGCCUUUCCAGGAAGCAGCAUUUGCCUUGCCAGUCAGCGGUAUGGACAAACCUAUGUACACAGACCCUCCUGUCAAAACAAAAUUUGGAUACCACAUCAUCAUGGUUGAAGGGAGAAAAUAAAUCAUGCAGAGCACUAAACAGUU